CCACGAGCUGUUUUUUCUCCAAGCUCUCUCUUCUUUGCGCCACCACGUUCGCCUCUAUCUCCCUGCUUGUCUCAAAGCCGCCUCCGAUCGCUUUGGUUUCUAGAUCCGCUCUCUCUCCCUCCCUCUCUCUCUCGCGGCGAUCCGUGAUCGAAAAUGUUUAGAUUUUUAGAUUCUUUUGUUUCUUGAUUUCAUCCUUGUCUCAGCUCGAAUCUUCGGUGCAUUAAGGAGAACCCCGGUUUUCUUGAUUUUUCUUCCGUUGUCAAUCAUAAAGGUUCUAUCUAUCCAAACCAAAGAAGGCGUUAUUAGGUGCCAUAUCCGUUCCGUUAGAUGGGGGACUUGAUUAAAGGGUUUUGAGGAUGGCCACGGGGAGCUCUUUCAAGAUGGAGCCAGUAACCCUAGCGAAUGGGAAUUUCGACGAUUUUGAGAAGGAUCUCGAGGCUUUGCUUCGGGAGCAGCAGCCGGGAAGAGCUGCCUUCGAUCUAGAGCGGGAUGAGCUCCAUAUGUUCCGGAGUGGCAGCGCUCCCCCGACUGUAGAGGGAUCAAGAACCGCUUUUGGGAGCUUGUUUGGGCAUGCCGGACUUGACGAGCCCGGCCGCUUUGAUGGCCAGGAUGGGGGAGAUGUGUUGUCUGAGGAGGAGAUGAGGUUGCAUCCUGCCUAUUUAUCCUACUAUUUUUCCAACGAGAAUUUGAAUCCCAGGCUUCCUCCUCCCAUGGUAUCGAAGGAGGACUGGCGUGCGGCACAGAGGUUCCGUGCUGGUUCUUUUGGAGGGAUUGGAGAUCGGAGGAGGAAAGAAUCGGGGGAUGGUGAUGGGAGCGGCACCUCUCUCUUCUCGUUGCAGCCAGGACUCCCAAUGCUUGACAGGGAACAAGAGAUGGUCGAGUCAAGUGGAGGGGUCCAGCGGGAUCUGUCCCAGCAGCAGUCAGCGGAGUGGCUCGAGCGGGGCACUGACGGGCUUAUUGGGUUGCCCGAAGUCGGUUUAGGCAGAAGGCGAAAGAGCUUUGCAGAUGUCUUGCAGGAGGAACAUGGCCGCCCUGCUUAUGUGUCUUCACAUAUUUCAUGCCCAGUUAGUCGUAAUGUUCUUGACAAUGUUGAUCCAGUGGUAGUUUCUGAUUCACAACUAACACAGCUUCAUAAUGGAUUGGACACAAUUGAUGGCUGGCAAUCUGGAGCAACUUCCUCUGGUCUUGUUAGGGUCCAAAGCCUUGGUUCAUCACUUUCUCAUUCCUUUGCAUCCACUGUUGGUUCUGCUGUGCCUAGAAGUACAACACCUGAUCCUCAAUUAAUGCGGAGGGCCCCAAGCCCCAUCCUUCCUCCUGUGGGAGUGAGGAUUAGUAAUAGUGAUAAAAAGAUGGUAGUUGGAUCAAAUGGCUUAGGUGGUGUCUCCUCUUAUUUGUCUGAUUCUGGUGAUUGGGCAGCUGCUAUGUCUAGUUUGAGCCUAUCCAGGAAUAAAUUAACUGAUGGAGAAAGUCAUGUACAGGGACGGCUGCAUAAAGAAUUUUCUGAUCAAUCUCAAUUGCUAUUCAAUAUGCGCAAUGAUCACAGGCAAUAUCUGAAGCAGAAAGUCGCAAAUAAGUCUGAGGCAGAUUCACUAAAACCUCUGUCUCAUCCUUCUUUGCCAUACAAUGAUCUUUCCAAGAAAAAUAGUAGUUUAACUGAUCUGAAUUCACCUAAAUUAACUUCAGAUAGGCAAAUCAACUUGCCAGAGCAAUCACCAUAUCCAAAUAUUUAUAAGAAAGUAGCUUCAGUGGGUUCAACCAGUUCAACAGGAUCUAAUCAUCCAUUUCAGAACUCUGAUAUUCUAAAUGUUGACUUCAUUGGAUCCAAUUCAAAGAGUUAUUCUGACGAGUAUGGACCACCAACAAUAUUGAAUGGUCAUCCUAAAGCAGGUGCAGCAGUAGCAGGAGCUGCAGAAGGACCAUAUUUGAAUAUAAAAGGAAACCAUGGGGGAUCUGGUUUCCCGUUACCAACUAUGGAGCCGCUAUAUACACAGUAUUUGCAAAGCACUUCUGAUACUGCCAUGCAUUCUGCUGCAAGAUUGGAGCCUUCUUUAGGCGGGAAUUAUCCUAGUACUUCACAUACGGAUUUGCCGGACUAUCAAAAGGCAUAUUUUGGAGCAUUGCUUGCAGAACAGAAAUUGCAGUAUGGCAUGCCCUUCCUAGGAAAAUAUGGUGGCUUAAAUAAUGACUUCUAUGGUGGUCAUGCUAUUAAUCUUGGCAUGCCAUAUCUGGCAAGCCCCCUAUCUAGCUCUUUUCUUUCUCCUUUGGGUUCUGGGAAUCCUGUGAGGAAAAUUGAGCGGCUGUCACGUGCCCCUUCCUUAAUGAGAAGUGCUGCUGCAGGAUCCAUGGGAUCACGAAAUCCAGACAAUGGCGUUGUGGAAGAGAAUUAUGCAUCAUCAUUGUUGGAAGAAUUCAAAAACAACAAAACUAGGUCUUUUGAACUUUCAGAUAUUGUAGGUCAUGUAGUUGAAUUCAGUGCGGAUCAGUAUGGAAGUCGUUUUAUUCAACAGAAACUUGAAACUGCCUCAGCUGAAGAGAAGAAUAAAAUCUUUCCUGAGAUACUUCCUCAAGCUCGUGUUUUGAUGACCGACGUUUUUGGAAAUUAUGUUAUACAGAAAUUCUUUGAGCAUGGUACUGAAAUCCAGAGAAAGCAGCUAGCAAGUCAACUUAAGGGUCAUGUUUUGCCUCUCAGUCUUCAAAUGUAUGGCUGUAGAGUAAUUCAGAAGGCAUUAGAAGUUGUUGAUGUAGAUCAGCAGACUCAAAUGGUGUUAGAACUUGAUGGAUCAAUCAUGAAAUGUGUUCGUGAUCAGAAUGGUAACCAUGUAAUCCAGAAAUGUAUUGAAUGUGUUCCUCAAGAAAGGAUCCAGUUUAUUAUAUCGUCAUUCUAUGGACAUGUUGUCACACUCUCGUGCCAUCCAUAUGGUUGUCGGGUAAUUCAGAGGGUCUUGGAGUACUGUGAUGAUCCAAAAACACAAAGCAUUAUGAUGGAUGAGAUCCUGCAAUCUGUGUGUUCUUUAGCACAAGACCAAUAUGGGAAUUAUGUGAUUCAACAUGUUCUGCAGCAUGGUAAACCUGAAGAACGUUCUGCUAUAAUUAGCCAGCUUACUGGGCAGAUAGUAAAGAUGAGCCAGCAGAAAUUUGCUUCAAAUGUGGUUGAAAAGUGCUUGGCAUAUGGUAGUCCCGAGGAACGACAACUCCUAAUAAAUGAGAUGAUUGGUCCAACUGAUGAAAAUGAACCGUUACAGGUGAUGAUGAAAGAUCAGUUUGGUAACUAUGUUGUACAGAAGGUUCUUGAGACCUGUGAUGAUCAAAACCGUGAACUGAUCCUUUCACGCAUUAAGGUUCACUUGAACGCCUUGAAGAGAUACACAUAUGGGAAACACAUUGUCGCCCGUGUUGAGAAGCUUAUUGCCACCGGAGAGAGGCGCAUUGGGAUCUCUUCACGUUCUUCAUGAGAAACUGCAGGAGUGAAAGCAAUGAAAUUUUUGUACAGAUAAUAAGGCUAGCUUUACCAGCUACUUAGUCUUUCUCGUCAGCAUAAAUGGGUAAGUUAAUCAUGUGUGGCCGUAGUGUAAAUAAAUGAUAGGCUUGUUUAAAUAAGAAUUUUGUUUGUUCUCUGUAUGUAUAUUGGCGCCUGUAUCCAAGAUAUGGCCAAGGCAACAGCAAUACCGGUAGAAAAGAUAUUUAGGUUAGGAAAUGGAGAGCAGAGGCACUGUAGAUGUUUGCCUUUGAUUCAUGAAGUUGUGUAAAGAUAACAAUGUCUAAUGGAACUAUCAUGAGGUGCAGGGUGCUGUUUUAUUGAGGUGAUACCUGCAUCUUGGAAGAUAUUUGUUUUCAUGA